AUGUCGUCGGCUCUCAACGCGAUGAAGAUCCGUCGCAAGAAGAAUGUCAAGAAGGGAAUUCAGUUCUGUUUGAUGGUGUGCGGUGCUAGCGGAACUGGUCGCACAACCUUUGUCAACACUCUCUGUGGCAAGCAAGUUCUAGAGGGCAAGGAUGCCGAUGAUGCGGAGAACGCUCAUUUGGAGGAGGGCGUCCGCAUCAAGCCCGUCACUGUCGAGCUUGAAUUGGAUGAGGAGGGUACCCGUAUCUCUCUGACCAUUGUUGAUACCCCCGGUUUCGGUGACCAGAUUGACAACGAGGCCAGCUUCGGCGAGAUUGUUGGUUACCUCGAGCGCCAAUAUGAUGACAUUCUUGCGGAAGAGUCCCGAAUUAAGCGUAACCCCCGCUUCAGAGACAACCGUGUGCACGUCCUGCUGUACUUCAUUACCCCCACUGGACACGGUCUUCGUGAGCUCGACAUCGAAUUGAUGAAGCGCCUGUCUCCCCGUGUUAACGUCAUCCCCGUCAUUGGAAAGGCCGACUCCCUUACCCCCGCAGAAUUGGCCGAGUCGAAGAAGUUGAUUAUGGAGGAUAUUGAACACUACCGCAUCCCCGUCUACAACUUCCCUUAUGAUGUUGAGGAGGAUGAUGAGGAUACCGUUGAGGAGAACGCUGAGCUCCGUGGCCUGAUGCCUUUCGCCAUCGUCGGCUCGGAAGAUUUCGUUGAGAUUGACAACCGCAAGGUCCGCGCCCGUCAGUACCCAUGGGGUGUGGUCGAGGUUGAGAACCCUCGGCACUCGGACUUCCUCGCUAUCCGCAGUGCUCUUCUUCACAGCCAUUUGGCCGAUCUGAAGGAGAUUACCCACGACUUCCUCUAUGAGAACUACCGUACGGAGAAGCUCAGCAAGAGUGUGGACAGUGCUUCUGGCCUCCACGAUUCCUCUAUGAACCCCGAGGACCUUGCCUCCCAGUCCGUCCGUCUCAAGGAGGAGCAACUCCGUCGCGAGGAGGAGAAGCUGCGCGAAAUCGAGAUCAAGGUGCAGCGCGAGAUUGCCGAGAAGCGGCAGGAGCUGCUGGCUCGCGAGAGCCAGCUGCGGGAGAUCGAGGCUCGCAUGGCGCGCGAGGCCAGCCAGAGCAAUGUCAGCGAAGCCAAUGGAGAGGCCUAG